AUGAAGAGGCAAAUUCAAAAGAGUAUUUCUACAUCAGAUGUUAAGGUCAACCUUUUGUUUUUGUUUUGCUUUGUUUUAUAUGCUAAACAUACACCUAUUGAUUUAUCCAACCAACCCAAUAGAAAUUACGUGGCAUCCUUUUUCCAAGUUAUAUACUAUUUACCGUAUUAUCGGUCGAGUAUUGUUUUGUGGUUAUCAUACGAUGUAAGCGUUAGAACCGUAUUUACGACUUUGGAACUAAAAGAAAAAAAUCCAAUUAUGGAGAUGGCGGCAAUUGUUCUUGGUGUAAAUCUUGUUUCAAUAGGUGAAUUUGUUAUAUAA